AGGCUGUCUUGACAGGAGGGCGCACGAGACAAGAAGUUGGUGCAGGAGCCGAGCGCGCGGAGAGCUUUGGGGAAACAGAAACAGGAGUUCAGCGUUCUGACGCACACACGCACGCGCUAUGGACUAAACAGUGUUGAGCUGAGAAGAGCAGCGCGCGCAGCAAGUCUCUGUUAUAGUUAAUUUCCACUUAGUUCUGUUAUAGUUUCUUCUUUUAUCUGAUCUUACAGUGACUGGAAACUAGAAAAUUUUAAAAAAAUUAAAAAAAAACAUCGUCGGCACCAUGAAGCUUUUGUUUUUGCCACUUUUAAUGGCGCUUAUUGCCGUUGCUCAAGUUUUUUGCGAAGAUGGUGAGCCAAAAGAAGGAGCUGACUACUGGACGAGCAGUAACCAGAUUCAGGAUGACUGGCUCUCCAAUGACCCAUUCAGAGAAAUCCUCCUGAGGAUGACGAGAAAGCCGCGGCCGCACCAGUUCAUCGGUCUGAUGGGGAAGCGUUCCAUGGCAAACCCACAGAUCACCAGAAAAAGACAUAAAAUCAACUCGUUUGUCGGCCUGAUGGGAAAACGGAGCCAAGAAGAACCAGAGUCCCACGAAUGGAGCACAAUACAGAUGAACGAUCAGCGGCGCUAAGUGGCAACUCCUGCUUCAUCAUUCCUCACCCACCUGACGAGUACCCAACGCUGGCUUUGUUUUUCUCAAAAUGUGUAUUGUUGUUAGCCAAAUAAAAAUGAUUGUUUCCACAUCGUAGUGAUGUAGCAGUGCUCUGCCUGUGCCAGUUUCAUCUGUCCCAGCAGAAGGUACACUGGGGGUGUGAGGAAGGGAGGGGCAGCUGUCAUUGUCGAUGUUCUAAGUGGUCUCUGAGAGUUUUCCUCCAUCUGCCAGGACACAAACGUUGUAUGUUGUAGUGGACCACCCAAGCAAAGCUUUCCCCUCCAGGGGUAAAGCUGAAAAUUGCACUGCCAACUCCUCUGUAUUGUGCCUCAUAGCUGUUUAUUUGCAAUUGUUUACUGUAGAAAUACAUCAUACAGAUGUUCUUACGUUUGCUUUCAUGUUCUAGAGACUGUCACGUUUUCCACCUGCAUACACGGUGCGAAAGGACUGGAUAAAUGUGUGCUGCAAUGAAUUAACAGAUAUUAAAAUUAUUUUCUGUAAUUGUUGAGCUUCAA